AAAGAGUUUAACCGGAUGCAAUACAUUCGUCUAGCCGGAAUUAGUUAUUAUAACGACUGUCGCCAAAUCCGAAAGACGACAGGAGCAGUUGAGACAAUUUCCUCGUGUUGUUAUUCGCUGUUGGAAAUCUUUGACACUUCUGACAAAUCUAUCAUUGUUAGUAGCAUCAACAAAAUGUACGGACUGUGUUUCCGCGCUGUUCGCCAAACUGCAGGAGUGAAGGCAACAAGGCUGCUGCAAAUGAGAACAUUCAGAGCCUCUGCAGUGUACCAGCAGCAGCCUUUUGACUCAUCUUUGGAAAAGCCACAGUUCCCCGGGGCCUCAGCUGAGUUUGUGGAUCAACUUGAGUUCAUCCAACCCAAUGUUAUUUCUGGGAUCCCAAUUUACCGGGUGAUGGACAGGCAGGGGAACAUAAUAAAUCCAUCACAAGACCCUCAGCUCUCCAAAGAGACCGUUUUGAACUUCUAUCAGAAAAUGACAUUACUGAACACAAUGGACCGCAUUCUGUACGAAUCUCAGAGACAGGGUCGAAUUUCUUUCUACAUGACAAACUAUGGCGAAGAAGGGACGCACAUUGGCAGUGCUGCUGCUCUGGACCCAAAUGACUUGGUCUUUGGUCAAUACAGAGAAGCUGGUGUACUUAUGUACCGGGGCUUUCCUUUGGAUCUGUUCAUGGCCCAAUGUUAUGCUAACGCUGACGACCUCGGAAAGGGUCGGCAGAUGCCGGUCCACUAUGGCAGCAAAGACCUCAACUUUGUUACCAUCUCCUCCCCUCUGGCCACUCAGCUUCCACAGGCGGCUGGAGCUGCCUAUGCUGUUAAAAGGGAAAACAUGAACCGUGCUGUCAUCUGUUAUUUCGGAGAGGGAGCAGCCAGUGAAGGGGAUGCACACGCCGGCUUUAACUUCUCUGCAACGCUGGAGUGUCCUCUGAUAUUUUUUUGUCGUAACAAUGGCUACGCUAUCUCUACCCCAACCAAUGAGCAGUACAGGGGGGAUGGCAUUGCUGCUCGUGGUCCGGGUUAUGGGAUGCUGUCCAUUCGUGUUGAUGGUAAUGAUGUGUUUGCGGUCUACAAUGCUACAAAAGAGGCUCGUCGCAGGGCUGUGGCAGAGAACCAGCCUUUCCUCAUCGAGGCAAUGACGUACAGAAUUGGUCACCACAGCACAAGUGAUGACAGCUCAGCCUACCGCUCGGUGGACGAGGUGAACUACUGGGAUAAGCAGGACCAUCCCAUCUCCAGACUCAGACAUUACAUGAUGGCCCGUGUCUGGUGGAGCGAAGAUGACGAGAGGAGCUGGAGAAAGCAGUCCCGCAAGAUGGUGAUGGAGGCGUUUGAGAAGGCCGAGAAGCGUCUGAAGCCCAAUCUCGAGUUGCUGUUCACAGAUGUAUACGAUGUGGUUACGCCCCAUCUGGAGAAGCAGAGGCAAGCCAUGUGGAGACACGUGCAACAGUACAAAGAGCACUACCCACUUGACCUGUACGAAAAAAAUUCACCCUGAUGGAAAUUAUUACAAUCUGGUGAAUUCAUCUGGGAGUGGGUCAGUACUGAGAGGGUCAUAAACUAUUGCACACCUUUUACUAUUCCUAAAGGCAUAGUUUUGAUAUAACUUGCCUUUUUUCCUGUAGAUUGUAUUUUCUGCGAAAUACCAUACUUCAAAAACCUUCUGGUUUUUGGUGCCUUCAGUUUUCCGAGUAGCUGUUUUCUAUAUAUCCCUACAACUGUUUUUGUUUCCGAUCAGGUGGUGCCAUUCAGACUGCUACUUGUAAGUAUAAAGUAACUACACAAAUCAAGCAAUAAAUGGUGACGGUUAAAUGUGCUCCAUCACCUGCUACUCUCAGUGUUUGUGAUGAUUAACUUGUUUUCUUGUGUAUCUCUGCUGUGUCUUAUUUGGGGAAACGUUUUAACGAUUCUAAGCACACACAUUUUUGACGACUGUGUGUCUUUUCAUGCUGUUACAGACAACACUAAUCCAAUAAGUGUACACCCACCCAGCUCCUGUUACAAUUUUGGUGUUUGUUUAGAAUAAAUUAUGCAACUGA